GUCGCAACAGGAUCGUUCCUGUAUCCUGCCUCUCCCUGCAUCUUGACUCACCUCCCAGAAGUUUCAUCAUGUCGGACAGAGUCAUCACCGACCAUGACGCUAUGGGCGAAAAAGCCGAGAUCUCUCAUGAGGAGGUUGCUCAUUUAGCACAGUUGACGCCGGAGGAGAAGGUUUUGGAGAGGCAAUUGCGGCGGCGAAUUGAUACCCUCAUAAUGCCGUUGGUAAUUCUUGUUUAUCUGAUGAAUUACAUCGACCGGAAUAACUACGCCGCUGCGAAGCUUCAAGGAUUAGAACAGGACCUAUCCCUCGAUGAAGCCAAAUACGAGACAGGGCUGUCCAUUCUAUUCGUGGGCUAUAUCCUGAUGCAGGUCCCAUCGAACCUGCUCCUCAACUACAUGGGCCGUCCUUCGCUUUACCUUGGCUUUUUUACCACAGCGUGGGGCCUUGUCUCGGCCUUAACCAGCCAGGUCUCAAGCUACGGUGGCAUCGUGGCAUGUCGAUUCAUUCUCGGCUUGGUCGAGGCACCAUUCUUUGCAGGUGUUCUAUUUUACCUUUCCAAAUGGUACACCAAAAAAGAGUUGGCCCUUCGCAUGAGUAUCUUCUACUCUGGCUCAUUGCUCAGCGGUGCCUUUGGAAACCUGAUCGCUGCGGGCAUCCUUAAUGGUCUUGCCGGAAAGAGAGGCAUGUCAGCCUGGCAAUGGUUAUACAUUAUCGAGGGUACCAUCACUGUCGCAAUCGGUCUGGCUAUCUGCGCUGUGCUACCCGACUUUCCCGAUACCUGGAAAUUGUUGUCGCCGGAGAUGAAGCAUGUCGCCAAUCGCCGCUUGGCCAUUGAGGCAGCCGAAGCGGAUGUUGACGACGGCGACAAGAUGAGCCAAAUUAAAGGUCUGAAGCUAGCCUUUACAGACGUCAAGACUUAUGCCCUGGCCAUUGCGUACAUGUCUCUCACGGCCGCAAGUGGCUUCCAAAACUUUUUUCCAACUUUGACAGAGACCUUGGGGUACAACCAUAUCAUCUCUCUGCUCUUGGUAGCACCGCCAUACAUAUUCAUGGUGGUGUACAGUCUCUUCCACUCCUAUCUCUCCGAUCGUUUCGCUCAUCGAUAUUGGUUCUUUGUCGGCCCCAUCCCCGUCACCAUCGUGGGGUUUAUUAUCUUCAUGACCACUCACUCCUUCGGGCCUCGGUAUUUCUCAUUCUUCCUUAUGGUAUUCGUCUUUGCCCAGAACGGCACGAUAUACUCGUGGAUCGCGAAUGCGAUUCCCCGACCUCCCGCCAAGCGAGCUGCUGCAUAUGCCUUCAUCAACUCUCUGGGAAACUCAGCUAGUAUCUGGACUCCAUAUACUUAUCUGGAAAAGGAGGCUCCGUAUUACUACACGGCCUUGGGUGUGUGCAUCGGAAUGCAGGUUCUAGGCACUAUCAUGGCGACGUUCCUGUACUUCCAUCUACGAUCGCAAAACAAGCGACUGGCACGACUGGAGGAUGAAGAUGCAAUCUUGACAGAGAAAGAGCUUCGCCGGUUACAGAAGACGGCAGAUGUAGAGGGCAUCGACAUCGCGGCUGCCCGCCGGCUCCAGAAGGGGUUCCGAUAUGUAACUUGAGGAUCUGCAAGCAAUUCAUUAGUUCUGUUCUUAAUUCGUU